ACCAUAACAACUUAAAAAAUGUAAGAUGAUAUAUGAUAGAAUAACGUAUAAGUUAAGUAACUGUUUCCGUUAGAAACGACUAUUUAGUUCAUGUUCCAAUCGUACAUACAAAUGUAAAUCCAUACUCAAUACAGAAAAUUAAUGCGUAAGUCAUCGAACUGUGAAAGCAAUAUGUUGGUUAGUAAUUGACAACAGCUUAUGUUCUUAUUAAAGCAGAUGGUGCACGUCAACUCUGUAAAAAUAAUUUGAAUCAUGUUAAAAGCCAAAUAUUUGUUUAUGAACGUCUUAAAAUAAUAAAUUAUUUUUGUUUGUGAAUAUCUGAAACACUAGUACAUUCAGUGCGUGCGCACUCGACAACUAUUUAUGCUCCAUUCAUGCAACAACAAUCUGAUGUUUUACGUUUUGAGUCAUUUGACAGUUCGCUCUCUUUCACUUUUCAUUUCAUUUCUUUUUAUCAAUUUGCACUUUUAGUGAUCGCGCUGUAACAAAAAAUGAUAUUUUGUAAUAAAAAGAUCAUACAAACUAUAUUUAAACUAUAAAAGAGAUUGGCAGCUGAGGGCUGUCAGGCACAGUGUGCUGUAAAUUUUAUGUGCCUUAAGAAGUGCCAAAUUAGGGAUGAAUAUUUAACAAACAAAUUUUGACCAUUUAACCAUUUAAUUUUCAAAAAAAUAUGUAGCAACAAAUUUGAACAACAUAACAAAACAAUAACAAAGUGCACUCGGAGACAUUGGAAACAAGGAAUAAAUAUAUGCACUAAUGUCUGCAUAACAAUGAGUCCAUUUCGGUUGAAGAAAAAUCGCUCGCUACCAGUGAAGGUGGUAACCUUCGAUUCCGAAUUAGAAUUCAAUUUGGGGUAUCGCGAAACGGGACAGGAACUUUUUGAUUUGGUUUGUCGCACCAUAGGCUUGCGUGAAUCAUGGUAUUUUGGCUUGCAGUAUGUGGAUACGCGUGGACAUGUAUCCUGGCUAAAGAUGGACAAGAAAGUAAAAGAUCAACGCAUACAGGUGCAACCUAAUGGGUUUUACGUUUUCAAUUUCUAUGCAAAAUAUUUUCCGGAGAAUGUUAGUGAAGAGCUAAUACAAGAAAUCACACAGCAUUUGUUUUUUCUACAAGUUAAACAAAGUAUACUUUCUAUGGAUAUAUAUUGUCGGCCGGAAGCAUCAGUAUUGUUGGCAUCAUAUGCUGUGCACGUUCAGUAUGGUCCUUACGACUAUGAAACCUAUAAGGAUGGUAUGUUAGCGAGUGCAGACUUGUUGCCAAAAAAAGUUACCGACCAGUAUCAAAUGACGCCGGAAAUGUGGGAGGAACGCAUUAAGACAUGGUAUAUGGAUCAUGAACCGAUGACUCGUGACGAAGUUGAAAUGGAAUACUUGAAGAUUGCACAAGAUUUAGAUAUGUAUGGUGUAAACUAUUUUCCUAUUACUAAUAAAAAUAAAACCAAAUUAUGGCUGGGCGUUACCGCAAUUGGACUCAAUAUUUAUGAAGAAAAUAAUAAGCUCUCACCACGUACUACGUUUCAAUGGAACGAAAUAAGACAUGUGAGCUUCGACGAUAAAAAAUUUACCAUACGUCUAGUGGACACAAAAGUUUCUAAUUUUAUUUUCUACUCACAAGAUUUGCAUAUUAAUAAAAUGAUUUUAGAUUUGUGUAAAGGCAAUCAUGAUCUUUAUAUGCGACGUCGUAAGCCGGAUACUAUGGAAAUACAGCAAAUGAAAGCUCAAGCAAAAGAGGAGAAACAGAGGCGUCAACAAGAACGCGCCAAGUUUUUGCGCGAGAAGAAGCUACGCGAAAAGGCGGAACGGGAGCGGUAUGAACUGCAAAAGCGUUAUGAUCAUUUACAGGAAGAGAUGCACAUGGCUAGUGAUGCGUUGCGGCGUUCCGAGGAGACAAAGGAGCUUUACUUUGAGAAAAGUCGCGUGAAUGAGGAGCAAAUGCAACUGACCGAAUUUAAAGCACACCACUUCAAAACGGAAAUGGAUCGUCUCCGUGAGCGACAAAUGAAAAUCGAACAUGAGAAAAUGGAUUUGGAGAAAAAGAUACGUGAUGCGGACUUUUAUGUACAUCAAUUAACGGUCGAAAAAGAUAAACGAGAGGCAGAGGCGGAAAAGCUGAGAAAAGAGCUACAAUGCGCACAAUUAGCCGAACGUGAAGCCACUGCGCGUCUGCUUAAUUUUAUCAAUCAUGGACGCAAAACAUCCACCGAUAGUUUAGUGGCCGUUUCAGGGAAUACCGUAGUUGUAUCGGCUACAAAUACGGCUGUUAGUACACCUUCGUUGACCAACAGCAAUUCAACUAUUGAUAUGGAAACGGCUGGCGGCGUCGAUUUGACGACAUCUCACAAUGAUCUUAGCGUUGCCAAAAACGACCUCUGCUCCGAGUUAAUCGAUGAUUGUGAAAUAAAGGAAUUCAUACUCACCGAUGCUGAAAUGGAGCAAAUCGCAAAUUGUCGCUCAGAGUAUUUAAAGAAAUCCAAACAAAUGGAAAAUCAGUUGCAAACAUUACGUUCACAAAUUGAAUUGUUGAAAAUCGAGGAAAAUCAAAGUAAUUUUGAUAUACUUAGUGAUGCGCUUAUCAAGGCAGGCGAAACGAAAUACUCAACGUUGAAAAAAUUAAAAUCAGGUUCGACUAAAGCGCGUGUGGCUUUCUUCGAGGAACUGUAGGUGGGCAAGGGAAUAUAAUAGUUAGUAUUUUCAAUUGCGUUUGUCGAUUAGAAUUUCGCUAUAGAUUUUAGUGCUAAAAAAGUGACAAGUCGUAUAUCUUAGUUUUAAAUAAAACAUUUGCUGUUAUACAGUA